AUGGCCUCCACCGUUCCCCUAGCUGAUUCUCAGCCUGUUCUGGCUCGCACGGACACGCUUCCCACCGGGCAACGCAGAGCCUCUACCUCGGAGUUCUCUCUCGAUCACAAAUCUGCUGCUGAUACAUAUACGAGCGAGCGGGGCGAGUUGGACGCGAUUGCUACGAAGCGCUCAGUUUUCGACGACCCGACUCUCGCGAAGCAUUAUUUGCCGUCGGAGAAGUAUGAAAAUCGACACCGGUUCAAUCCGAAUGCAAGAUGGACAUACAGGGAGGAAAAGGCGUUGGUCAGGAAAAUUGACUGGAGGGUCAUGCUUUGGGCCGCCAUUUCCUUCUCGGCUCUAAAUUUAGACCGGAACAAUCUCAGUCAAGCCAACUCGGAUAACUUCUUGCAUGACUUAGGUUUGACUACGAACGAUUUUAAUCUAGGGAACGUCGUGUUCCGAGUAGCAUUCUUGAGCGCGGAGUUACCAUCACAGAUGGUCUCGAAACGACUCGGUCCUGAUCGUUGGAUCCCAAUCCAGAUGUGUGCAUGGAGCGUCGUCACUGUCGGCCAAUUCUGGCUCACCGGCCGCUCUUCUUUUCUUGUAUGUCGGGCGCUGUUAGGGUUCAUCCCAGAUCUAAUAUUAUACCUGUCAUAUUAUUAUACGAAGACCGAGCUACCGCUCAGGCUAGCACUUUUCUGGAUGUCAUCUAACGUGUGUAGUAUUAUAGCCAGUUUCAUCGCUUUCGGAGUACUACACAUGCGUGGCGUCCUCGGAAGGGCCGGUUGGAGAUGGCUGUUUCUCGUCGAAGGACUAAUCACCUUGGUGGUCGGAGUUACGACUUUCUUCAUGAUGCCGCCCUCUCCAACACAGACAAAAACAUGGUUCAGACCAAAUGGAUGGUUUACGGAGCGAGAAGAGAUCAUCGGCGUGAACCGAAUACUUAGGGACGACCCCAGCAAAGGCGAUAUGCAUAAUCGUGAAGGUCUGACACCGAAGCGACUUUGGACUGCGAUCUGCGAUUAUGACUUGUGGCCGUUGUAUAUCUUAGGUCUUAUGUUUGGUAUACCAGUCUCCCCUCCUGCCACCUACCUUACACUUUCACUACGCAAUCUCGGAUUCAGCACAUUCAAGACAAAUCUGCUUACCAUCCCCUCCACUGUGGCCGGGAUCUUCAGCAUGUUUGCCCUGACUUUCGUCUCGGAACAAGUCAACGAUCGUGCUAUCGUAGCUAGUCUGGAGGACUUUUGGGCUCUGCCAUUCUUGAUUGCAAUCUAUUGCCUUCCUUCAAAUCCCAAUCCAUGGAUCUUCUACGGAUUGGCAUCCGGCCUACUGUCAUACCCAUACUCGCAUCCGAUUCAAGUAGGUUGGUGUUCGAGGAACUCGGGUGCUGUAGCCAGCAGAACCGUCAAUGCCUCAAUAUAUAAUAUGUUUGUGCAAGCAAGCUCAGUCGUUGCGUCGUACAUAUAUCGUGCGGAUGAUGCCCCCAGAUAUCGAAGAGGUAACCGCGCUUUGAUCACAAUAUCCUGCAUCAACCUGUUUGUCUUGUAUCCCGGGACCAAGGCGUACUACAUCUGGCGAAACCGACAGCGCUCUAAGAUUUGGGAUGCAAUGACUCCAGAGCAACGCUCUGAAUACUUGGCUACGACAAACGAUAUCGGGAACAGACGCUUGGACUUCAGGUUUGCGCACUAG